UCUUUCUCUCUCUCUCUCUGUAUGUCAGGCAUGCAUCGGAAAUCAAUUGAGGCGCAAUCCACGCUCAAGGACGACUCUGGCGUCAGCGAUCAUGAAGAUUCGGCCGGCUCCAAGUCCGUUCACUCGGAUGAAUUGCGUUCGCAUUCGCGCGCGCUCAGCUCGUCGACGGAAUCCCUGAACGUGGUCAGUCCGGCGCCGAGCAGCUGCCCGACGAACGCCUCCACUGCGCCGCCCACGUCGACGACGCCGCACGGCAGCAGCGGCUAUGCGGCUGCCUCGUCGGCGGCAACCACGCCCACGGGCGCCACCACCAACAGCUCCGGCUCGCCGCACAUUGAGCUCAGCUCGCCCUCGCCCUCGCAGCAACAGGCGCAGCAGCAACAGCAACAGCAGCAGCUGCAGCAGCAACAGUUGCUCCAACAGCAGCCGCCGCCGCCGCCGCCCGCCCAGCUUUAUGCCGUUGCCACGCCCAGUUACCAUCCGCUGCUGGAUGCGGCGAAUGCAGCAGGCGCUGGCGCCGCUGCCUCCAGCAAGGAUUUCCAUUUGAUAAUGAACACGGCCGUGGCAGCAGCUGCAGCAGCAGCUCAGCACCAGCAACAGCAGCAACAGCAGCAGCAGCAACAUCAGCAACAACAACAACAACAGCAGCAGCAGCAGCAAUUGCAUGCGCAUCAUUUGUCGGCAGCAGCAGCGGCUGCAGCGCUCAUGGAGCACGAUCCGGAUGCGUUUAGAAACAAUUCGAUUGCCUGUCUGCGCGCCAAGGCGCAGGAGCAUCAAGCGCGGCUGCUCAACAACGGCGGACUUUUUCUGCAGGUGCGCAGCUUUGCCCAGGCCCAGGCCCAGGCGCAGGCGCAGUGUGAUAUGCUCAAGGAGCGCAGCAAUAGCAGCAGCAGCAGCAACAACAACAACAACAAUAGCAGCAGCAGCGCUUAUCAAAUGCUGCAGCUGCAGCAAUCGGUGGCAACGGCUGUGGCGCCCAUCAAAAUGGAGCUAACGUCUGUGGGUGGCGUUGGCAGCCACGCCCACAGCGAUAACGUCUGACAUGCAGCAGCGACAGCGGCGCUGCCAGA